AUGCGCCGGCGAUCGAUCUUGUGCGAGACCUCUGCCCGAAUCGCGCGCCGCUAUCGGCCCGGCGCAAAUGAGCCCAAUAAAACAUCCGAAAAGUUCUUAAUGGACGCGAUACGCUAUCUGGGGUCGGCCGCUCGGUUGCACAACAGGAACCCUUCCGUUGCGAAGUCCGACAUCAAUAUCUACAAGGGCCUGGACGUCGUCACCGCCAAGGCGAGUAGCCAGGAGCGACAGCUGGUUCCUCAUCACCUACUGGACAUCCUGGAACCGCAUCAGAUGUUCACCGUAGUAGACUUCCGCAACAGGGCGCUGAAAAUCAUAGAGAAUCUAACCGAAAAGGGCAAAAUUCCGAUAGUGGUUGGCGGCACCAAUUAUUACAUCGAAUCUAUUGUGUAUAAAAUACUUGUUGAGGAUAUAGACGAUUCUGACACAUUGCUAUGGGAUAAAAGCAUGAAAAAAAGAGUCCACCAAGACGCCGGUUUGGAAGAAGAACUUCGCGCCAAAAAACUAACGACUGAAGAUAGUAAAGAGAGUUUCCUUGAAACCAGUGACCCAAAGGAAGCAAGGAGCGUCGCGGUUGACAAAGACAAGUUGAGAGAAGACAUUGAAAAUGAAACUAGAUUCACCAAUGAAGAGAUUCACGCGAAAUUAAAAUCAAUCGAUCCUGUUAUGGCGUCACGACUACACCCGAACAACAGAAGGAAGGUUUUGAGG